UGGUGACCCAUUUAUGCAAGAUGAUUUUUCGACUUUCUCUCCCCUUCUUUCAAUAUCUAAGGUGAAGAUAACUAAUUUUGGUUAUGGCCUUUUGGAUAUCUUUCUUUGCUUUUCCUUAUCAGAGAAUGUUAGGGAGCUGAAAGGAGGCUUGGGACUGUGUUGCAGUAGAUAAAAAGAAGAAGAAAUCCUCCUGUUGGCAAUAACUGUUGUCAUCGGCACAUGGAGAACUCUGUGAGCAUUGCAAUAUCUCAGGAUUUUAGCCUCGGCUUUGUUGGAAGGAGAUGGUUGAGAUAAGAAUAGGGAAAGAACAUCAAGAAGAAGAAAAUACGUCGUGGAAAUGGAUAAUGAUAGUCAGUGCCCAAGGGUGUGAAGUUGAAUCUGAUUGCUUCAUAUUCACUAUAACAGGUGAAAAUACUCUGAACUUUGGUAUGAUGGAUGCUUGCCAAUCACCUCCUUCAUUUUCCUCCCCUCAAGGAGCUUCGCAUUAUGAUGAGCUCUCCAUGAAAGAGAGUUUGAUCUUUUCAGAUAGCUUGAAGGACUUGAAGGAUCUUAGCAAGCAGUUAUACUCAGCAGCUGAAUAUUUUGAAUUAUCUUACAACGGACAAGAUCAUAAACAAAUAGUGGUGAACACGCUCAGAGAUUAUGCAACUAAAGCUUUCAUCAACACUGUGGAUCACUUGGGCUCCAUGACUUAUAAGGUCAAUUGUCUCCUGGAUGACAAGAUUGGGGAAGCUUCUGCAAUUGAGCUUAGAUUCUCUUGUGUUCAACAGAGACGACGAAUGUGUGAGAUGUUCAUGGACCACGGAGGCCUAUCUCAACAGUCACUAGCAAUAAGAACUCCAAAGCACCACAUGCGAUAUAUCCUACCAGGCAUGCUUCCCUUCACAAGAUUUGUCAUUGGUUUAUUAAGACCAAAAGAUCGAAGUCGGUUCAUGCGUAAGAACUUUCUUUCAGUUUCGAAAGCUAAAGACGGUGGAGACAACAAAAAUCUGCGAUAUUGCGUGACAAAUGAAGUAAAUGGCGAAAUAUCAGCAGAAGUAUAUCCGAGAAAUAUAGACUUCUGCAUCAAUCGUCAGGAGACGGCAUUUGGCAACACAAUUUCCACAAUCCUCCCGAACGGGCCCCUUUUCAUUCGCAAGUACCUUGUCCAACAAAAAAGCAGAAAAACGCACCUCCCCAUUUCUAUUUCAACUCACACGUUCAAGUUCUCUGGCCGAUAAAUCCACAUCUCCAAACCCUUCUAACGCCAAAAAACGAUACCCAUCAGAACCCCGAAGAUCCACUUCAAUGUCUACUCAUGUUGAGAGGAACAGAAGAACUGAUAUCGAGCUGUAUUCCAGCAAAAACAAAAGUCUCUUCAAGGCCUUGCUUAGCAUGCAGAAGUCAAGAAAGGACAGCAAGUUGUACAAGUUCCUGGACGAGAAAUAAGAAGAAGGGGAUAAAGGAAACCGGAUAGACCCAUAUAUGAGUUUCUUUGCAUCAAAAGUGUACCUGAAUAUGUUGAAGAUCACUGGAAAUACUUUGAUUAUGUCGUAUAACUAAAAACGUUUCAGAUCAGACAGCUGCAAAUGAAUUUGGCACCAGAAUGCUCCACAUAAAAACAGGAGCUCAACUGUACAGAUUUCAUGUGUGACA